GAGAGAGAGAGAGAAAGAGAGAGAGAGGCAGAGAGACACCAUCUGCAGUGUCAAUGCGGCGCUCCCGCUGAAGGAGGGAAAAGCGGCAAUCCCAGGGAAGACCCAUCCUGGGUCCCGCUCCUUUGAAGUGCCUCUUGGUGUGUGACUAUUCCGGUGGCCAAGAGGACCCGUUUCUGAGAUGAAGGCCAUGCCUUGGAACUGGACUUGUCUGCUCUCCCACCUCCUGCUGCUGGGGAUGGGGUCUGCAGCCCUUCUCUCCCGACAGCCCCCAUCCUCUGCCCAAAAGCGACCUUUUCUCACUUUCACCACAGAGCCCACUGAGGGCUUCAACCACCUCGUGGUGGAUGAGAGAACAGGACACAUCUACCUUGGGGCUGUCAAUCGUAUCUAUAAGCUGUCCGGUGACUUGAAGGUCCUGGUGACCCAUCAGACCGGGCCCGAUGAGGAUAACCCCAAGUGUUACCCGCCCCGAAUUGUCCAGACCUGCAACGAACCCCUCACCACCACCAAUAAUGUCAACAAGAUGCUGCUCAUUGACUACAAGGAGAACCGGCUGAUUGCUUGUGGGAGUCUCUACCAGGGUAUCUGUAAGCUUCUCAGGCUGGAGGACCUCUUCAAGCUGGGAGAGCCCUUUCACAAGAAGGAACACUACCUGUCCGGGGUAAACGAGAGCGGCUCCGUCUUUGGGGUCAUUGUCUCUUACAACAACCUGGACGACAAGCUGUUCAUCGCCACUGCCGUGGAUGGGAAGCCAGAGUACUUCCCUACCAUCUCCAGCCGUAAAUUGACCAAGAAUUCAGAAGCCGACGGGAUGUUCGCUUAUGUCUUCCACGAUGAGUUUGUGGCCUCCAUGAUUAAGAUACCUUCCGACACCUUCACUAUCAUCCCUGACUUUGACAUCUAUUAUAUCUAUGGAUUCAGCAGCGGCAACUUUGUUUAUUUUCUGACCCUCCAGCCAGAAAUGAUGUCUCCUCCAGGUUCCACCACCAAGGAACAAGUUUAUACCUCCAAGCUGGUGAGGCUGUGUAAGGAGGACACGGCCUUCAACUCCUACGUGGAGGUGCCCGUCGGCUGCGAGCGGAACGGGGUGGAGUAUCGCCUGCUGCAGGCCGCCUACCUGUCCAAGGCCGGGGCCUUCCUGGCCCGGACCCUGGGGGUUCGCUCUGACGACGACAUCCUUUUUACUGUGUUCUCCAAGGGUCAGAAGAGGAAAAUGAAGUCCCUGGAUGAAUCGGCCUUGUGCAUCUUUGUCCUGAAGCAGAUCAACGAUCGCAUCAAGGAGAGGCUGCAGUCCUGUUACAGGGGGGAGGGCACUCUGGACCUCGCCUGGCUCAAAGUGAAGGAUAUCCCCUGUAGCAGUGCGCUCCUAACCAUUGAUGACAACUUCUGUGGCCUGGAUAUGAAUGCUCCCCUUGGUGUUUCAGAGAUGGUCCGUGGUAUGCCCAUUUUCACAGAGGACAGGGACCGAAUGACCUCCGUCAUUGCCUAUGUUUACAAGGAGCACUCAUUGGCUUUCGUGGGCACCAAGAGUGGCAAGCUGAAAAAGAUCCGCGUGGAUGGGCCCCGAGGAAAUGCUCUGCAGUAUGAGACCGUGCAGGUGGUGGAUCCUGGCCCGGUCCUCAGGGAUAUGGCUUUCUCCAGGGACCAUGAACAUCUCUACAUCAUGUCAGAAAGACAGCUCACCAGAGUUCCUGUUGAGUCCUGUAGUCAGUAUCGAAGCUGCAGUGAGUGUCUUGGCUCAGGAGACCCCCAUUGUGGCUGGUGUGUGCUUCAUAACACGUGUACCAGGAAGGAGCGAUGUGAGAGAUCCAGGGAGCCUCGCAGAUUUGCCUCAGAGAUGAAACAGUGUGUCCGUCUGACAGUGCAUCCCAAUAACAUCUCUGUUUCACAGUAUAAUGUCCUGCUGGUUUUGGAGACCUAUAAUGUCCCAGAAUUGUCAGCUGGUGUCAAUUGUACCUUUGAAGACCUGUCUGAAAUGGAUGGCCUAGUGGUGGGCAACCAGAUUCAGUGCUACUCCCCUGCAGCUAAGGAAGUGCCUCGGAUCAUCACUGAGAAUGGGGAUCACCAUAUUGUCCAGCUGCAGCUCAAGUCUAAAGAGACGGGCAUGACCUUUGCCAGCACCAGUUUUGUCUUCUACAACUGCAGUGUCCAUAACUCGUGCCUGUCCUGUGUGGAGAGUCCUUAUCGUUGUCACUGGUGCAAAUACCGCCAUGUCUGUACCCAUGACCCCCAGACCUGUUCCUUCCAGGAGGGUCGAGUGAAGCUUCCUGAGGAUUGCCCUCAGCUGCUGCAAGUGGACAAGAUCCUGGUGCCAGUGGAAGUGAUCAAACCGAUUACCCUGAAAGCCAAGAACCUGCCCCAACCACAGUCGGGUCAGCGGGGCUACGAGUGCAUCCUCAACAUCCAGGGCACAGAGCAGAGAGUCCCUGCCCUGCGCUUCAACAGCUCCAGCGUGCAGUGCCAGAACACCUCGUAUUCCUAUGAGGGAAUGGAGAUCAACAGCCUACCUGUGGAGUUGACCGUUGUGUGGAACGGGGACUUCAACAUUGACAACCCAGCCCAGAACAAAGUUCAUCUCUACAAAUGCGGGGCCAUGCGGGAAAGCUGCGGCCUGUGCCUCAAGGCUGACCCAGACUUCGAGUGUGGCUGGUGCCAGGGGCUGGGGCAAUGCACCCUGCGCCAACACUGUCCCACCCAGGAAAACAAAUGGCUGGAGCUGUCGAGUACUAAUGGCAAGUGUACCAACCCCCGCAUCAACGAGAUCAGCCCAUCCACAGGUCCCCGGGAAGGAGGCACCAAGGUGACUAUCCGAGGAGAGAACCUGGGUCUAGAAUUCCGAGAUAUUGCCUCCCAUGUCAAGGUGGCAGGGGUGGAAUGCAGCCCGCUCGUGGACGGAUACAUCCCCGCGGAGCAGAUUGUGUGUGAGAUGGGGGAAGCCAAGCCCAGCCAGCACGCGGGUUUUGUGGAAAUCUGCGUGGCCGAGUGCAAGCCCGAGUUCAUGGCCCGCUCUUCCAAGCUCUACUAUUUCAUGACACUGACCCUGUCUGACCUGAAGCCCAUCCGAGGGCCCGUGUCUGGGGGCACUCAAGUGACCAUCACUGGCACCAACUUGAACGCAGGCAGCAAUGUGGCAGUGACAUUUGGAAGCCAGCCCUGCCUCUUCUACAGGCGAUCCACAUCCCACAUCAUCUGCAAUACCACUUCCUCAGAGGAGGUGGCUGAAAAGUCCAAGGUGCUAGUCCAGGUGGACAAGGCGAAGAUCCACGCAGAUCUCUACUUCCAGUACGUGGAGGACCCCACCAUCCUGAGGAUCGAGCCCGAAUGGAGCAUCAUCAGUGGAAACACCCCCAUUAUUGUCUGGGGGACACACCUGGACCUCAUCCAGAACCCCCAGAUCCGAGCCAAGCACGGAGGGAAGGAACACAUCAAUGUCUGUGAGGUCCAGAAUUCUACUGAGAUGACCUGUCAGGCUCCGGCCCUGGCCGUGGAUCCUGACCACCAAUCCGACCUGACCGAGAGGCCUGAGGAGUUUGGUUUCAUUCUGGACAACGUCCAGUCCCUGCUGAUCCUUAACAAGACCAACUUCACCUACUACCCUAACCCCGUGUUUGAGGCCUUUAGCCCUUCAGGCAUCCUGGAGUUAAAGCCUGGCACGCCCAUCAUUCUGAAGGGCAAGAACUUGAUCCCACCUGUGGCCGGGGGGAACAUGAAACUGAACUACACCGUGUUGGUGGGAGAGAAGCCCUGUGCCGUGACAGUGUCGGAUGUCCAGCUGCUCUGUGAAUCUCCCAAUCUCAUUGGACGGCACAAAGUGAUGGCCCGCGUAGGGGGCAUGGAGUACUCCCCCGGAAUGGUGUACAUCUCCCCAGACAGCCCCCUCAGCCUGCCCGCCAUCGUCAGCAUCGCCGUGGCCGGCGGGCUCCUCAUCAUCUUCAUUGUGGCCGUGCUCAUCGCCUACAAGCGCAAGUCCCGCGAGAGCGACCUCACCCUGAAGAGGCUGCAGAUGCAGAUGGACAACCUGGAGUCCCGCGUGGCCCUGGAGUGCAAAGAAGCUUUUGCUGAGCUUCAGACAGACAUCCAUGAACUGACAAGUGACCUGGAUGGAGCUGGAAUCCCCUUCUUGGACUAUCGGACAUAUACCAUGAGAGUGUUAUUUCCUGGUAUAGAAGAUCACCCUGUACUCCGAGACCUGGAGGUACCAGGCUACCGACAAGAACGCGUGGAGAAGGGCCUGAAGCUCUUUGCUCAGCUCAUCAACAACAAAGUGUUUCUGCUGUCCUUCAUCCGCACGCUGGAGUCCCAGCGGAGCUUCUCCAUGCGGGACCGGGGCAAUGUGGCUUCCCUCAUCAUGACAGUCCUGCAGAGCAAACUGGAGUAUGCGACGGACGUGCUCAAGCAGCUGCUGGCCGAUCUCAUCGACAAGAACCUGGAGAGCAAAAACCACCCCAAACUGCUGCUCCGAAGGACGGAGUCAGUGGCUGAGAAGAUGCUUACCAACUGGUUCACUUUCCUCCUCUACAAGUUCCUGAAGGAAUGUGCUGGGGAGCCCCUCUUCUCCUUAUUCUGUGCCAUCAAGCAGCAGAUGGAGAAGGGUCCCAUUGACGCCAUCACGGGGGAAGCCCGGUAUUCCUUGAGUGAAGACAAGCUCAUCAGACAGCAGAUUGACUACAAGACCCUGGUCUUGAGCUGUGUCAAUCCAGAUAAUGUCAACAGCCCUGAAAUCCCAGUGAAGAUCCUCAACUGUGACACCAUUACCCAGGUCAAAGAGAAGAUCCUUGAUGCCAUCUUUAAGAAUGUGCCCUGUUCCCACAGGCCUAAAGCUGCUGACAUGGAUCUGGAGUGGCGACAAGGAAGUGGGGCUCGGAUGAUCCUACAAGACGAAGAUAUCACCACAAAGAUCGAGAAUGAUUGGAAGAGACUCAACACAUUGGCCCAUUACCAGGUACCAGAUGGCUCAGUAGUGGCUUUAGUCUCCAAGCAAGUUACAGCUUAUAAUGCAGUGAAUAACUCCACCGUCUCCAGGACGUCAGCAAGCAAAUACGAAAAUAUGAUCCGGUACACGGGGAGCCCCGACAGCCUCCGUUCCCGCACUCCCAUGAUCACACCUGACCUGGAAAGUGGGGUCAAGAUGUGGCACCUCGUGAAGAAUCAUGAGCACGGGGAUCAGAAGGAGGGUGACCGGGGAAGCAAGAUGGUGUCUGAAAUCUACCUAACCCGGCUGCUGGCCACCAAGGGCACUCUGCAGAAGUUUGUGGAUGACCUCUUUGAGACCAUCUUCAGCACUGCCCACAGGGGAUCCGCCCUGCCCCUUGCAAUCAAGUACAUGUUUGACUUCCUGGAUGAACAGGCAGACAAGCAUGGCAUUCAUGAUCCCCACGUCCGGCACACCUGGAAGAGCAAUUGCUUACCACUGAGGUUCUGGGUCAACAUGAUCAAGAACCCCCAGUUUGUAUUCGACAUCCACAAGAACAGCAUCACUGAUGCCUGCCUGUCCGUGGUGGCUCAGACAUUCAUGGAUUCCUGUUCCACGUCAGAGCACCGCCUGGGCAAGGACUCCCCGUCCAACAAACUGCUCUACGCCAAGGACAUCCCCAGCUACAAGAACUGGGUAGAGAGAUAUUACUCAGACAUCGGGAAGAUGCCAGCCAUCAGUGACCAGGAUAUGAACGCCUACUUAGCUGAGCAAUCCCGCAUGCACAUGAAUGAAUUCAACACAAUGAGUGCCCUCUCCGAGAUCUUCUCCUAUGUGGGCAAAUACAGUGAGGAGAUCCUCGGACCCCUGGACCAUGAUGACCAGUGUGGGAAGCAGAAACUAGCCUACAAACUAGAACAAGUCAUAACCCUCAUGAGCAUAGACAGCUGAGAACUGUCCUUCCGAGACUCCCUUGGAGGGGGGACAUACCAAGCCGUGCCUCAGACUAAAUCAUCAUCUUUACCAAGUGCAAGUUCCGACUGGCUACAAGCAUCACCUGAGCAGCGCUCUCCCUCUCUCGCUCUUGCUCUCGCUCUCGCGCUCUCUCUCCUUUUCUUCUCUCUCU